AUGGCCGGCAUUGACUAUGUGACCGUUACGAGUGACGUACUGGAUCUAGCAGCGCUUACCGAUAUGGUGGGUAGGGAGGAUGCUGGGGCUAUCUCUACAUUCAUAGGCACGACUCGGAAUUCCUUCAAAGGCAGGGAGGUUGUGCGGCUAGAGUAUGAGGCAUAUGGAACCAUGGCUGAAAAGCAGAUGAAGAUCAUCUGUGCGACAUUGCGGGAGAAGUUUAGUGUGAUCAACAUUGCCAUAGCGCACCGUAUCGGUGUUGUGCCCGUGCGGGAGACAAGCGUAAUAAUUGCCGUGUCAUCCGCCCAUCGGAUAGAUUCUUUGCAGGCUGUUCAUUAUGGCAUCGAUGCCGUUAAAGAGCUAGUCCCUAUAUGGAAGAAGGAGUUCUACGCAGAUGGAAGUGUCCCAGAAUGGAAGGAGAAUUGCGAAGGCUGCACCAGGACGUUGAACGCUCACUAA